AUGACCCCAAGAAACCGCCUCACAGCACCCAGUACUCACAAAAUCCAGCUCAAAAAAUACGCCGUGUCCCACAUCCCUCAACUCCUCGUACAAAUCGAGGAUAAACGGAUGCCGCUACAUCGCCGCAUCUCCAUUCUCUUUUUUGUCAGUCAGAGCUUCAUGGACGAAGUUCUCGGCGUAUUGUUUGAUCUACCGACAGGCGGAUAUGUAUUUAGGGGAUGUGUAGAGGUAGCAGAGAUUGGAGAGACGCAGACGGAGAGCGGAGAUUAG